GCAAACAAAAUUUCAGCAUUGGCUGUAACAUACGCAUAACUGCCUAUUUAAAGUCAGCUUUGCUCCUUUUAAAUAUACAUAAGUACAAAUUUUAUUCAACACUAGAGUACUGCAAAUUUGACUAGCUCAAACAUGGAAGAAGCAGGGUCUGCCGUGAAAGAAUAUAAUUUUGAUAAUGAAUUUGCACCGUAUUUGCGGCGCAUAUUUUAUCUGAAACCUGAAAAAGAAAUAGAAGCAGACGCUUCUGCAAUUGAAUACUUUGGAGUAUUUAAUCUUACAGAUGUUAGAGCGCCAGAACGUAAGCUCUGGUAUGUGUAUUACUGUAAAAAAUCCGAAAUUGACGACACAGUGGAUCGUAUAUUCCAAAAAUAUGGAAAGAAGAACCUGUGUGAAAUAUUUCGCAAACCAGUCUUCAGCGGACUUAGCUUGCGCUCACGAGUCAAAUCACAUUUUUCGGAACAAAAGUGGUACGUGAAAGGUAAUCUAUUAGAGGCGCCUCCAAAGGGGCGCUAUAACGACGAACGUAUGGCAAAAGCUAUUGGUGAUUUAUACAAUGCAGAGCAGCUUAAGAUUUACAAUUAUAUAGGUAUGAAAUACAAUCAAAAUAAGUCUUAUGUCAAAAACUAUUGAAUUAUUGUACCUUAAAUAAAUUGUAAGCCUUUAAUUAGUAUAAUUGAAAUAAAUUUUUAAGACCAA